CAAGCCAUUUCACAUUAACCGCCGCCUCUCGUGCUUUCAUGUUUGUCAUACGCUCUCGUAGAGUCCAAACAAACUGCAUUCAUAAUAUCUAAAUUUAAUACAUUGCUAAAGAAUAUAACUAAUAUAAUGUUUUAGGCAUUUCCGAAAUGGUUAAACGCUUUUUUCCGCUUAGCUUCCGGUUUCCACGUCCCCCAUUUGGCUUUAGCACGUUAACAUUUGCAGCUAUUUCUGCAGGAAUUCGGGCACUUUUAUAACUUUUUUGGCGUUUGAGAGAAUAAACAAACGGUCAACAUAUCUACUAUUACAUAUCUACUUAUUACAAUUACUUAUUCAGUUCUUUACUCGACGUCUGUGGUGGCAUUGCAGCACACAGUGGUGUAAAUAUGUGUGUUUGCAGACACUGAAGAUGGACAGAGAUUUACUCCGACAGUCUGUGUCGUUUCACGGUGAAAACCUGCUGUCGCUGUUGAAAUGUGAACAGAAUGAAAACCCAGACUUUAAACAUUUGGCCUCUGAUCUCUGCAAAAACCUGAACCAACGGGAUAAAGAAGAGCAAAGUCCGGUUCUGGAGCAGUUCAUAGCAAGGAAAGCUGAUCUUCUGUUCGCACCGUCAUGGAAAAUCUCAGAACCAGCAGACGAAUGGCAGGAGGAGUCAGGAGAAGCGUUCGCCGUCAUGCCGCCACUGGAGCAGUUCAUGGAGGUGUCAUUCGAGGAGAGACGCGAGCUCUUCUACCGGGACGUGGAGCGGGGAGACAUGGUCAUCGGCAGAAUCAAUUCAGUGCGAGACUUCGGUUUAUUCGUGACUCUGCUCUGCACCGCUGGCGGGCUCAAGAGAGACAUCGAGGAUCUUGAGAUCAAGGCCCUGUGUCCAAAAAGAGAAGUGCCUUCAACCGGAAACCAUGAUGAUCCUUUGUCUUAUUACCAGAUUGGGGAUUUAAUCAGAGCUGGAGUGAAAGACAUCGACCGCUACCAUGAGAAGUUAACUGUGUCUCUGCACUCGUCCUCUGUGCCUCCGCACAUGGAGAAAGUCAAGCUGGGCGUGCUGAACAAAGAAGAUCUUCCUCUACACUACACUCGAGGUGAGAGCAUUUCCACUGACAGCAACGAGACCUUUGAGAAGCUCCUGGACGAUUCCCUGGGUUUGUCAAAUCCAUUAAAUGUGGAUUUUCUCCUGGGCAAACUGGGAAUCAGUGACACACAGACUCCUUCACUCAUGAGGGGCUUGCAGAGUAAGCGCUUUAAAGAGGAGGACUUUGCUACGACUAUCAGAAAGAAGCAGUCGGUUUCCUGGGCCUUAAAAUGUGUUAAAACUGGCGUGGGUCAUUUUAAGUCUGGCCGUCAUGUAGAAGCGAUGAACGAGUACAACAAGGCUUUGGAGAUCGACACAAACAACGUGGAGGCUCUGGUGGCCCGCGGAGCACUAUACGCCACCAAAGGCAGUUUGGUGAAGGCGAUGGAGGACUUUGAGCUGGCUCUGGAGAACUGCCCCACACACAGAAACGCUAAGAAAUACCUGUGCCAGACGCUGGUGGAGCGCGGAGGACAAGUUGAAGAGGAAGACAAGCUGGUGACGGCCGAGAGUCUCUACAAAAGAGCCCUGGUUUUAGACGACACGUUUAAAGAUGCGGCAGAGGCUCUGGAGAAACUGCAGAUCCGCAUCCAGAAAUCACUUAAAUUGAAAGAGCUGGAAGCUGCGAGAGAGCAGGAAAAAGCUAAAACCACGGAGACGAGUGCUGAGAAAUUGCGUAAGAUCCUAAAAGAGGAGAAAAGAAUGAAAAAAAAGCGAAAGCGUUCAACCUCUUCCUCCACGUCCUCCGACUCAUCUUCCUCCUCAUCGAGCGACAGUUCUCCGUCAACCAGUCGCAAAAAAUCCAAAAAGCGCAAACACAAACGCAGACGCUCGUCCCGCGGCAGCAAAAAACACAAGCGCAGAGUUUCCUCUUGCAGCGAUAAAACAGCGGAGGAUGAUAAAGACUGGUUUCCGGCUCCUGCAAACACCUCAGCCUCAUAUAUCAACCAGAAUCAGUCAAUCAGUAAACUAAUGAGCGAAUCGGAGCCGGUUUGGAGUGCAGAAAGCAGAGGUAGGUUUGAAGAGGAUCUAGAGAGAAGUUCAGAUAAAGUCAAACCUGCGGGAUUCAGAUCUGGACUCAAUGGAGAGCCACUGAAAGUGAAUGAAAGUGUUGGAAAGCGUAGAGAUUCAUCCUCCUCGACUCAGUCCGAAUAUUCACACAGAUCUGAGCGAUGCUCUGAGCCUUCAGGCAGAAAUCGGAGUCAAUCAGAGCGAGGGAGUGAUGGAGGGAAAAUGAACACCGGAAACCCAAAGAAAGAUCUUCCUUCAAACUUGCUGGACAUCUUCAGUCAGAUCGCAGAGUUUCAGAAGGACAAAAAGCAGAAGAAGUGAACACAAUAGCUAUGUUUUAGUUCAGUUUGGAGGAAUAAAUCUAGUUUUCUGAGGGGUUAAAGGGAUAGUUCAUGCAAAAACUGAAUUUUGAAAUGAUUUGCUCUUGUUUUAAAUAAGUUUGAGUUUUUGUUGAACACAAAAGAAGAUAUUUUGAAGAAUGCUGGAAACCUGUAACCAUUGACUUUCGUAGUAUUUGUGUUUUACAGUGGCCGAGAGAACAAUUUAAGAAAACACAUGCGAUUACAAAAAAACACCAGCAAAUUAUGAAAACGUCUUCGUUAGUUUGACAGCAAACGUGUCGCAAAUCCUCACAACACAAGCAAGUAAAGUAAACACACUGCAAAAUUUCACAUCACAAACAAAUUAAUAAAACGUGCUGCAGUUUCUCACAACACAUGCAAAUAGCAGGGAACACAACGGAAAUGUGUCAACGAGACCCUAAAACGGGACGGACCCGGCUGUUUAUGUUGUUUAUUGAGGCUAAUAAUAUACAAAAGUCGAGGGAAUGGUGGAAUCAGGAUGUUAAAAUAAACAAAUAAACUCCUCUUUCAAAGAUCAGCUACAAGUGCACUAAGCAAAAGUCACAGCACAAUAAACAAAUCCCAGCCUGGUCCGUCACCUUUUUGGCUCCCCUUGAAAACAUUUCCAUCGUGUUUCACACUAUUCGCAUGUGUUGUGAGAAAAUGCAGCACUUUUCUUUAUUUGUUUGCAUUUUCUUGUGUUUAUUUUAACAUCCUGAUUUCACCGUUCCCUUAAAAAGAAGCGAAAUUUAUUAUUUUUGGGGGAGUAAAACUAAUUUUCAUGACUGGUGCCGAACAAGUUAAAGGGAUUUUGACAUUAUUUACUCUUGUUUUAAAUUAGUUUAAUGACAGACGGCUGGAAAUCUGCUAACAUCGACUUCCAUACUGUUUGUGUUUUACCGUGGCCGAGAGAACUUAGUGCGCUGCAAUUUCAGAAAGCACAUGUGAUUACAAAAAAACACCAGCAAAUUAACAAAACGUCUUCGUUAGUUUGACAGCAAACGUGUCGCAAAUCCUUAUUUACUAAAAUAUUUAGGGCACCCUAAAACGUGACGGACCCGGCUGUUUAGGAUAUGCUUAUUGAGGCUAAUAAUAUACAAAAGGCUAGCGAAUGGUGUCAUCAGGAUGUUGUACAAAUAUUCAACUUCAUAUACAAAUAAACUCAAGAUCACCUACAACUUCCCUGAGCAAUAGUCACGCCACAAUAAACAAAUCCCAGGCUGGUCCGUCAUGUAUUUGAGUCCCCUUGAAACAUUUCCAUUGUGCUUUGUGCAUGUGCUGUGAGAAAAUGCAGCAUUCUCUUCAUUUUGUUUGUGUUUUUUGUUGUUGUUGUUUAUUUUAACAUCCUGAUUUCACCAUUCCCUUGUCUUUUGUAUAUUAUUAGCAUAAAUAGCCGGGUCCGUCAGGUUUUCGGGUCCCCUUGACACAUUUCCGUUGUGCUAUUCGCAUGUGUCGGGAGAAAAUGCAGCGUGUUUUCUUAAUUUGGUUGCGUUGUGUAAUUUUGCAGUGUGUUUACUUCACUUGCUUGCGUUGUUAUGACUUGCGUCAUGUUUGCUGUCAAACCGAUGAGGAACUUUUAUUAAUUUGCUGAUGUUUUUUUUUUUUGUAAUCGCUUGCGUUUCUUAAAUUGCAGCUUGUUGAGCCCACCGUAGCUCUUCCUACUAUGAAAGUCAGUGGUUUUCAGCUUUCUUCUGUAUAUAUUAUUAGGAGUUCAACAGAACACAGAACCUCAUAAAGGGUUUGAAACCUAUUGAGGCUGAGUUAAUAAUUUUGGCGGGUGAACUGUCCCUUUAAGCCUUCAGUAUAGUGAUUUACAUAUGAUCAUUUCGUUUAUUCGUGUUUAGUUUGGUAAUUUGAGGAUGGAUUAGGUUGAUGUAGGUAGAAAUCUGAAGCCUGAGCGAUUGCCAAAUGUGCUGCGAAUGACGCCUCAGUGUUAUGAACUGCAUUCAGUGUAACGUCAGUGUUCAAAUAAACCAAUGUGCUGAUAAA